AUGUUGAGCAUGCUGAAGACCCAGUUGCCUGCUGAUCUCACAAAGGAAAUUUACACAGCUGCAAACUGCGCCAAGCAGCAGCGCACUGCCAGGCACUCUCUGUGGUGGCGGAUUGGCUCCACCACUCACCUGGCUCACCGCGGAGGCUGCAGUCCCCACAGCAACCUCCCCCACCCCCCGACACUGACGGUAAAGAGAAGCGAAGGCUGCCUGCACACUCACCCGCAUUUCUGGGAAGCAAGAGGGCAGACUUUGCCCCUUGACCUCGAGGGUUCCCGAACAGAUCUCUUGCAUGUCACUGGACAUCACCACUUCAUACAUUUCCCAGUCUUCCGUCCACAUCACUGGCUGCAGGUGGAAAGCAAGGAAAUGUGUGACGUGACACAUUCCCAAAAGAAGCCCAUCCUUCUGCACCUCAUCAGGAGCAGAAGAAUGGGGCUGGUCUCUCCCUUCUGUGUCCCCCUUUUUGGCCUCCUGGUCUUCAGUUGCUUCCUGCAAGGCAGAGGAGCAAAGUCUUGUCCGGAGGGAUGGACACACUACGUGUCCUAUUGCUACGCAUUCAUCAACACACCAAUGUCUUGGCGUGAAGCAGAGGCUGACUGUGAAACCUAUGGCCAAAAUGGCCAUCUGGCCUCCAUCCACAAUGAAUUUGAGAUGGCUUCAGUAUACACAUACAUUGUGAACAACUUUAACAAUGUGAAAAAUUUCUGGAUUGGACUGAAGAGCAGAGGCACUGGGCAGAACAGAAGGUGGAAAUGGACAGAUAUGGCCGUUGUCAAAUAUAUGCCUUGGGCAAAGGGGCAUCCUAUCCUGAAAGAGACGAGGGAGGGCUGCGCAGAGGUGACUGUGAAUGAUAUUAAGCAAUGGAAGGAUGUCAGCUGUGGAGAAAAAAAACCUUUCCUGUGCAAAAUUCCACUCUACUGAGGGCAGCCAUUAACAGGCGCAACAACUCUGAGAACAGGGGAG